UCGCGAAUGUAACAUGUCGGGCGCAUCUCGCUGCGCUAAUUAUUAUUUUCGAAUAUUAUCGUCUCGGUUCAUCUAAAAGAUUCAAUUUUGUCUGUAAACUGUGUGUACUCAUUGUGGAAGGCUAAUCAGUUGAAGAAGCACUGCUCCUGCUCCGUUUCGGUGUCCACGCUGGUCCAGGUAACUUGGAUUCGAGGUAAGUCUAGACGAGCCGAAGGUCUGAGAAGCCUGCGCCAGCCUCCACCGAGAGCUGCACCGUCAUCUACAGCUCAGCAAGGUGAGUGCUUUUACCAAUUGACCUAGCCUGUCCUAAGUUCCACGGUAUAUCGUUUCGUAUCUCGUCUCGUAUUUCGUUUGAAUACAGUCCACAUAAUUUUUAAAUAUCGAAGUAAAAUAAUCCCAUUAACAUUUUUUGGUCCCACGAUCCGGAUAACUUGUAAGGUGACCGUGGUUAUUUUCGCUUUAAAUAUCAAUUUUCGUCAAUAAAUUGUUCAUUGUAAAAUCAUAAAAACAUUGGAGGGUAAGAUUGAAACACUUGGCUUGGGCGUUUUUCCGUUAGUUAAACUAUCGAGCGUUUGGUUCAUGGACUAAAAUUGUGUGUCGAAUUAAUUACGUUUCUGAACGCAACUUUUAGCUGUCAUUUUUGACAAAUUGUCAAUUGAAAAUCAUAACCUAUCAUUGUUAUCGAAUCAAAUAGUUUUGUUGUUGUUUUAGUGAUUCAAUAUACAUAUUUUUACAAAAUAAACAUGACACUUGGUGGGGAUUCGUCCGAAAGUUUCGACAAGAGCCGUGAACUUUAUGUUAUUCCAUGCACUUUGGUCAAAAUUAGAUGUUAGUAGUAAGGAAGCUUUUGAGUUGCAACUUGAAUCAAACACAGAAAUUCCCAGUUAUGAGGAAUUAAUUUCGUUUAUUGAAAAGCGGAGCCAGGCAUUAGAGAACAGCGUUGGUAAGUCGUUAACAUUAUCUAGUAAACCAAUGUAUAGUAAGCCAGUGUCGAAUAAGGCUAAGCCUGCUUUCCUUGUGCCGCCAGUGAGCAACUGUGCUAUGUGUUCCGCACCGGGACACAAAUUGGAUAACUGUACAAAAUUUUUGGAACUGCAGCCAUUGGAAAGGUUUGCUCAGGUUAAGGAGAGGAGACUUUGCAUACUUUGUUGUAGGCCAUCACACUCGGUUAAAAAUUGUAAAUCAUCGGUGACUUGUGGCAUCUGCAAGCGCAGACACCACACAUUAUUGCAUUUCGAAAAGGAUAAGGAGUUGGAACCAACAGCUCCGCCAACCCAAGUGGCAUUGGCUGUGCAUAAUGCAAAUGCACCAAGUUUAUUCUCGACAGCUAUCGUGAUGAUAAAAAAUAAAUUUAAUAAUUUUGUACCAAUUCGAAUGCUGAUGGACAAUGCCUCGGCUUGUAACUUUGUAACAUUGAAGUGCUCUCAAAAACUUGGAAUACCAAUUAGAAAUAAUUCACCAACGGUGAACGGUGUUGGUCUGUCAUCGACUGACACUUUUGGAAUUGUCGAUUGUGAGAUAGUUCCUUCGAAUGGGGACUCCUCAUGCAAAUUUUCGUUUGAAGCGUUCGUGCUUCCCAAGAUCUGCCAUGAUAUGCCACCAGAACCACUGAAUGUGUCUUCUUGGAGGCAUCUGAAGGAUUUAGAUCUUGCUGAUCCGUCUUUCCACAAAUCUGGACCUAUAGACAUGUUGGUUAACGUCAACCUUUUCGCUGCUGCACUACAAUCUGGCGUUGUCAAGGGCAACGCAGAUGAGCCCAUAGCUGUCCGCACUGUUUUCGGCUGGUUGGUGAUGGGUGAGUGCCCUAUAAACGUUAACACUUCUCGUUUUCGUUGUCAUAAAGGUUCAGAAGGUGAUACUCAGAGGUGCUAUCUCGUGUCGAGUCUAUCAUUAGACAAUAAUAUCAAGCGCUUCUGGGAACUGGAAAGUGUAGAUCCUCCCAAAAAUAUCGUUUUGUCGAAAUCAGAAAUGUCGUGUGAAAACCAAAUGGAAACUUCAUAUUGUCGCACUCCCGAGGGUAGGAUGGUAGUACCAUUAACUUAUGUCGACCCUCAGGAUAAACCCAGGUUUUCAAAUUCUCGUGAGAUAGCUCUCAAGCGUCUCUUAAAUUUAGAGAGGAAAUUCAAAUUGAAUCCUCAGUUUCGGACAGCUUAUGUCAAUUUCAUGGAUGACUACCUUAGUUGUGGUCACAUGGUGGAAGUUGAUCCUCCCUUGUCGUUUGAAGCUUCACGGGUACUGUGA